CAGUAGCUGUCAACCAACAUAUUCACGUUUUUCAAUAUUUGCCUUCUUGAAGUAAACGUGUGUUUCUGCCUGCGAAUUAUCAGUUUUCAUCAAUGAGCAGCAAACAGUUAUUUGACAAUGAUUCCGAUUCGGAUGAAAAUGGAUCGGGUUUCAAUACCAACAAAGAAUAUGCCAAAUCAUAUAACAAAUUCCGGUCGAAAGAGUUACUGAAGAAAGUGAAGGAUCUGGCACAAUCAACAAGCAACAAAACAUCCAAUUUUUCUGAUGAUUCCAGUUCCGAUUCCGACAGCACUGACAACGAAACUGUCGAUCCGAAAUUUGAUGAGGCAUUUUUCCAAGCAUUGGCCACAUUAAAGAAAAGGGAUUCGUCCACGUACGACGCCAAUGUAAAAUUCUUUGAAGACUUUGAUGAUGUAAAAAUUGGUGGCGAAAAGAAAGGUCCGAAGGCAUUGACUGUCAAGGAUUAUGAGCGAAAGAUUCUGUUGGAAAAGGGAGGUAUUUAUGAAGAUGAAGCGGACGAUAAUGACACAGAUUUAAGGCCAUCGUCACCGGCAUACAACCAAGAACAAAUGAACAUAAAAAAUGCGUUCAAGAAAGUAAUAGAGGAGGAUGACGACGAUGAUGAAGACAAUGAAUGGGGUGGCAUUUUCCGGAAAAGAGAAAAAACAAAAGAAGAAGAGGCAACCGAAGAGGAACAGUACACCAAAUGGUUAGCAGGUGAAGAAGCGAAUAUCGGUACGAAAGCUCAAGAACUUAAGCCGCUGAAAGAGUAUUGGAAUAACCCGAAAUUGUCCAAAGAUGAAAAGUUCCUGAGAGAUUACAUCCUCAGCAAUGGUUACAGUAAAAGUGACAAAGAUGACGUUCCCACAUACGAUGAAAUUGUUGGCGAUGAAAGCCUGGAGAUAUCGGAAGAUGAGGCCGAACUGGAACGGCAGGCCGAAUUCGAGCACAAAUUCAACUUCCGUUUCGAAGAGCCAGACAAUGAAUUUAUCAAACGGUAUCCGCGAACCAUCGAUCAUUCGGUUCGAAAGCAGGACAAUCGUCGUAAGGAGAAACGUGCCGAGGUCAAGGAGAGAAAAUUGAAUGAAAAGAAGGAGAAAAUGAAGGAACUGGAAAUGAUCAAUGCGAUCAGAAAGCGAGAAAUUGAAGAGAAAAUAAAAAAAUUGAAAGAUGUCACCGGCGACGACACCAUUCCAUUCGACGAUGACGAUAUUGAUGGUGAUUUUGAUCCGGAUGAAUAUGAUCGGAAAAUGAACGAGAUAUUCAACAACGAAUACUAUCAGGUGGACGAGGGUGAAACGAAACCAGAUUGUCCUGACAUCGAAGACCUCAAGGUGGACGAUUGGGACAAUUACGAUCCGGUGAAAGAUGAUGCCGACGACAUCAACGACGGACACUGUGAAGACGACGACUUCGUUAUGGAUUGUGACUAUGAUCCCGAGCAGCAGAGGAAAUCUUUACAAGAUGAACUGAUCGAGAACAGUAGGGACAAGCGAAAGCGUCGGAAGAGGCGAUCAAAGUUUGUGGAAAUGUUGAAAAAAGAGAAGCCCGUUUUUGAUCCGGAUGAUGAAAAAACGUAUGGUGAAUACCUGGACGAGUACUACAAACUGGAUUAUGAAGACAUUAUUGGGGAUACUCCGUGUCGGUUCAAGUAUGUGGAAACCGUACCGAAUGAUUUCGGAUUAACUGUUGAAGAGAUUCUGUUGGCGAAAAACAAGGAGCUUAAUGCCUGGGCCAGUCUUAAAAAAGCAACACAAAUCCGACCCGAUCACGUUGAGCUAAAUGAAGUGAAAACCUUCAAAAAUAAGGCGAAAAAUGAAUAUUUGAAAAGGAAGAUUCUGCCCAGCUUGUAUGGAGAAGGAUCCGAUGAUGAUGACGAUGAGGACGGAAAAGCGGACACUGCAGCUGAGGCAACUGUUCCGAACAGAAAGAGGAAAAUUUCGGAAGAAAAAAUUGAGAAAUCCACACCGGAAAAAUCAGAUGAGAAGAUCUCCGCACAAAAAGAGAGGAAAAAAGCGAAAACUGAAGAAGUGUCUAAUCCGACCAAAGUGACUGGUGAUUCCGGUAAAACAACAAAGGGACUUAACAUAGAAAAAACGCCUGAUGUCGCCGUCAAACCGAAAAUGAAAGAAGUUUUGAAAACUGAAAAGCCGAAGAAACAACCGGUAAAGAAAAAGGCAAAUAUUUUGAUGCCGAAAAAGGUUGUCAGUACGAAAUCGACCGUUCACAAAAAAGAAGCCGCAACCAUUCCCAAUCAGCAGCGAAAAACGAAAAAAGUUAACUCAGCUCUGCUCAAAAAAGGUGGAAUAAAAAAGAAAACCGCAAGGCCUCAAAACAAUAAAUCUUCAACGUCAACCUUUUCCAAGAAACCGUCGAUAAGUGACGAACGACUUCGAGCGUUCGGUCUAAAUCCGAAGAAAUUCCACAAAAAAUUGAAAUACGGCAAUAAGUCAACAGGAAGUGCAACACCAACUACUUCUAAGAAGGAGGUCACUAAAAAUAAUAAAGUAGAGAAACUGAAUCAAAAGAAAAUCAAGCAAAAACUCUUGAAGGUUUUAGGAAGUUGAACAUUUGUUUCGUUUUGAUUUUGUAUAAAUAAACAUGUCAUCAGUUGAGCGAUU